AUGAUCGAGGUUUUCUACAGUGGCCCGUCCACGCCCGAGGGCUUGGGCUCUCCAUUGAAUGGAGAAGAGCACGCAAUGAAUGAGAUGGUCUUUGCGCGCGGGGCCAAGCAUGCUCCACGCCGCUCCCGGACUCAUUACGACUAUCAGCUUCCUCAGCCCCCAGCCGUGACCACCUACGCCGUCUAUCGACGGCCACAGACCCCGAGCGUCCAGUCCAAGGGCUUAUCAGUCACCGCAGGCGAGCAGGAGGAACAAGAAGGAAAUCGGGCCGAGACAGCGAGACGCAGACCCCCGCUCGGCCCCCCUCGCCGGUCAUACUCGGUCACAGAUCACGAGCCAAUUCCCCAUCAUCACAGGCCAUCGGCAAACGUGACACUUCUGCUAUUGCCAGCCGAACUGCACUAUGCCAUCUUUGACUUCCUGGAUCCCAUAGACAGCACCUGUCUUGGUCUUACGAACAGUCAUUUCUACACUAUCCACCGCCGGCUACAUGGCAUAGUGCCGCUUUCUGCUCGCCGUGACGGGCCAAACGAACUUGAGUGGGCGUGGCACCUCGCCGGCAACAUCAUUCGAACCCCACCCGGAAUCGAGCCGACGAUUGGAGACAGGGAGAUGAACGCCUUGUCGAAACUGCGCGUCCGCGGUCAAGCAUACUGCCGGAAAUGCGGCGUCACGCGCUGUGAGCUGCACAAGCAUAUCGAGUCCUGGAUGGGCGAGGGUGCUGAGUACUGCUCGAUUAAGCAGAAGUUUGGCCAGGCAGCCCCUGAAGGCGCCAAACCCUACUGCUACAUGAGCAAGCCAGGAAACAAGAGCCGGUGCGGAAGACAUCGAGUGCAAAAGUCAAAGGUUGUACUGCAGUGA